AUGCCUCCAGACUCCAGACCAAAAGCUCUUCUCGGUUUAUUAAUUAUCGAACAUGCUCAGCGAUCAGCACUGGCUCACGAGCCGCCCGGCGACCGCUUAGUGGCUCCAUAUUUAUCGGUAAUAGCUCAAGGUCGCUACCAGCUAGCUUUUAUCCGAUAUAAAAGUAAUAAUAUAAAUGCACGACCCGAGGGUCGCUUACAACGCUCGUUACACAAAAUAUAUAAGCCUCCUGCAGACAGACUCGCUGCUAGGGUUGGUCCACAGAGUGUCAGCGGCGAGCUACGGUCCGAGCACGAGUUGAAACAGUACGUUAGAGAGGAGACUCCCGCGGCGAAGGAUGCGGCGACUCUUACAAUAUGUAUAGGGAUAUGUGAAGGAUCGAUCGACAGCGCAGUACACUGGUCACAUGCACUUGGUGUUCCCGGUAGGGGGCCGGUACGGUUCCCCCGCCCUGCGGGCCCGACCGGGCCGCCUCAGACGAACCACUCGUCCUUGUGCGGGGCGCCCGCGCUCAGCGCUGCGCCCGCGCCCGCAGGCGGCCCGGGCGCGCCGCUCUGUACCUGCACAGCCGCACUAAACUAUACCCUCCGAACAUACACACCUCCAUACAUACAUACAAUACACACUACACUACUAUACAGAUAUACAUUCAACGCAAUCUGA